GUAUUUCCGCCCAAAGUGUGAAACAUUCAGUUGUAAAGCGUCCAAAUUCAGAAUCAUCGUCAUGCAGCCCUGUUGCAGCUCCUAGGAAAAGGAUACGCCAAUCUGCAGAUAUCUAUUUGGUUAAAGAUGGUAAACCAUCAUAUGAGAAGUUGCAAUAUCUUGCCAGGGAACUUGCAGGAAAAUGGAAGACAUUAGGUAGACGCCUGGGAUUCAACGAAGCUGUAAUAGAUGACUUUGAUCAAGCCAAUAAGAAGCUGAAAGAGAAGGCUUAUAAAAUGUUAAUAGCUUGGAAACAAAAAGUAGGCUCCGAAGCCACUUACAAAGUUUUGUACGAUACCUUGUGUCACGAAUUGGUGGAAUGUAAAGAUCUAGCAGAGCAGUAUUGUUGCGAUAAGAUUGCAGGAAAUGCCUCUCCUUAGUCAUAUAUACUAUAGAGACUGAGUCGUUUCUUUAUUACGUCAAAUAUCUUUGUGAGUACUCUAAAGAGCGUCUGUGUCGAGCAUUCGCGCUCAGUAAGUCGUUCGUUUUCCUUGCGAUUCAAGAUAGGGGAAAGAUUAUCUCUAAAAAAAACAUAUUUACUCGUAUUUUUGCACUCAAGAGCCGCUAGCUAAAGAAUACUAAGGUCAGAAUUCACUCAGACGU